AUGGCCUCCGACGGCGUCACUGUCCAGGGCACCAUCCUCGACAAGCAGCCAGGUUCUUGCGCUCCAGGCAUCGCCGAAGUCCUCCCUAACGCCUUCGUCAAGUUCGGCUACUCUCUCGACAAGGGCGUCGCCGACGUCACCUGGAGCUUUGCGUAA